CUUGAAUUCAAAGCAAGAAACUGCUCAUCAUCCAUCAUCUCCCUCUGGUGAUCUUUUUUAUAUACUCAAAUUUACUCCAAAAAAACACAAAAUGGAUUGCUCAAUUUGCACUACAAUGCCAUCUAUUCUACGACCACCGAGAAACACGAUAUGCGGAUCAUGUUACGACGGAGCUCGAACCAUUAUCUCGUUGCUCAAGAAGCUUGAGGGCUCAAACGAAGAUCAAGAUCAUGUCAAGUUGACCGAUAAGUCCACCGUCAACAAUGGCUCCUCUCUUUCUUCUUCUCCUUUGUUUUCUCGUGAGCUGGAACCAUUACAAAAGGUGAUCAAAUGGAUGAAAAACAUUAAAGAAACAGAAGAGGAGCAGAAGAAGAGAAUAGUGUUCUUGAGCAGCUUUGUUUCGGGAUUCAAAGAAGAGCUUCAUACUGAUAUUCUUUUAAAACCUGGCGAUGAUGGACCUCCUAUUCCUGCACAUAGAGCUUUGUUGGCUUCAAAAUCCGAGAUCUUCAAGAAUAUUUUAGAUUCAGACGAAUGCAAAACCGCUCCAGAAUACGCCAUAACGCUCCAAGAACUAAACUCAGAGGAGCUUCAAGCUCUCUUGGAGUUUCUAUACACCGGCACAUUGGCUUCAGACAAGUUGGACAAGCAUGUAUACGCCUUGUUUCUUGCAGCCGAUAAGUACAUGAUUCAUUACUUGCAAGAGUUCUGCGAGCAACAUAUGCUUAGUUCCUUGGAAAUAUCUAGCGUUCUUGAUGUUCUUGAUGUCUCGGAUCUUGGUUCGAGCAAGACCUUGAAGGAAGCUGCUCUAGGGUUCGUGGUUCGAAACAUGGACGACAUUGUUUUCUCAGAUAAAUACGAAGAAUUUUCACAGAAAAACCAGCACUUAUGCGUUCAAAUUACUAGGGCGUUCUUGAUGGAAACGAGAAAGAAGAGAUGUGAUUAAAUUAGUGAGAGAUGAAAAAAAAAAGUGUAAUAAUCUUUUGUAUGUUUUGUUGUUUAUAGCUGUUUUUGAUCAUCCAGGCUCCAUAGCAAAUUAAAUGACUUUACUACUCGCCUUCUUUGUACACAUUCA